AUGAAACUGCGCCCUAAGGCUGUCAGCGCACCUCAAGAAACCGGAGCCGGAUGUGACGUGUGGUUUGAAAUACAGCUCCAGGACCGCGUUGGAUGCCUAGUUGAUACAGAGAUGAGCGGUGAGAACGUUAAGUUGUUUGUGGGGAACCUUCCUUUAGAUGCAACUCAAGACGAGCUAAACAAGCUCUUUGCUCCAUAUGGAGAGAUCAACACCUGCUCUUUGCUCAGACAGUAUGCCUUCGUUACCCUGAAGGGAGAGGGGGCAGCAGACAGGGCCAUACGACAUCUCGAUGGCAAAGAGUAUAGAGGCAGGCCCCUGGUGGUUGAGGAGUCACGUGCUCGCCCACCCAACUCCACUAAAGUGUUUGUGGGAAACCUCGCGGCAACAUGCUCAGCAGACGACCUGCACGGGCUGUUUUCAACCUUCGGAAGAGUUUUAGACUGUGAUAAAGUCAAAGCCAGAUUAUGCUCAAAUGUUGGCUAUGCAUUUGUGCAUAUGGAGCGGAAGGAGGAAGCGCUGGUAGCCAUUGACGCUCUCCAUGGGACCAUGUUCAAGGGCCGUCAGUUGGCCGUAGAACUGUCCAAAGCCCAACCUUUGAUUAACCAGCUUGCCAUGGCCGGAAAUUCAAACAACUUUGCGGGUGGUAUGGCAGGUGGCAGGGAGGGCCUUCUUCCACGACCACCUCCAUCACUAGAGCACCAUCAGAGUCAAGCAGCCGUGCUAGCAGCAGCUGCCGCAGCCGCGGCUGGACUCCCCAUACAAGUUCAACAAAGUGUCCAUAACUCAUUCUACAACACCACAUCCUUUGACCCCACCUACGCUGCAUUGAAGGGCAUUACAAGCGCUAAAGGUGCAGAUGGAGUAAUUUACGGGGCCCUUGCCAGCCAGGUAUAUGGAACCGUUGCUGACCAGGUCUACCAAGAUAUGGCCAAUCACAAUUCUGCAGCUGUUGUUGAAGAAGUAGAGCCACAGACUGGACCAGAUCCAACAACGCUUUUUGAGGCAGCAAGAGCCAAGUUCUUUCAGGAGGGACAGAAGGUUCUGGCUGAGCAGCAGGCAGGGAGAAAGGCAGCAUCUGCAGACAGUGAGCGGGACCGCAGCCCUAUCAGAGGAAAUCGAGCCCCUCUCCUACCAGACCCCGUUCCGGGUUCUUUUGCUCAGAUACGACCAAAGCGGCGCGCCCUGCUGCCAACACCACCUGGAGGACCCGAAGAGCCUCCAGCUGCCACCACAACUCCGGAAGGGUCAGAUCCUGUUGCUAGGUCUUACACAGAGUACUACCAGCAAAUGCAUCAAUACCAACAGUAUCAACAAUACCAGCAACAGUACCAGUACCUCCAGUAUGCUUACACCAAUCCUCCUCCGCCGCCUCCACCUCCACCGGCCACCACACAGGCACAGGCCUCCACCACAGCCACUGCACCCCCAGGGACGUAUGCGGCGCCCCCAACGUAUGCGGCACCGGGAGCCUAUGCAGCGCCAGGAACAUAUGACACUUCGGGAUGUUAUGCCUCAUCAGGGAGCUACAAUGCUUCAUCUGGAAACUACGAGGCCUCGUCAAGAAGCUAUGAUGCAUCUGGAGGCUACGGGGCACCGGGAGCAUAUGAUUCAUCAGGAGCUUACGCAGCAGCGGGAAGCUACUCCACAUCCACACCGUAUGAGCAGACACCCGCACACGGGCAACCCAUGCCCCGGCGCCAUGAUUACCCUUACCACACGCCAGAACCCCCUUAUCGAUAGUCCCACCCCCACACACUCCUUCCACAAAGCAGACGUGUGUGUGUGUGUUUGUGUGUGUGUGUGCGUGUGUGCGUGCAUGUAUAUUUACAUAAGGGACAGUUUUAAAGGAAAACCAGAGAGGGAGCCAGGUCGAAUGCAAGUUUGAAUGUAAUUCAUAUUAACCUAGUCUCUUGCUUGCCUGUCAGUUUAUGGCUGUGUGUCUAAGUAGGACAAGUAAAAUUGGAAUAUUGUCGAGCAAUCAGAGUUUGUGUUAGACGUUAUGGAGGCCCAGCUGGUUUUUUGUUGGAUGUUAAAGGGGCUUUAAUGUUUCUUGGGACAAAGUUGGACUUGGAGGCCAGGGUAGGAUCAUAAGAGAAGCUUUUUGUUUGUACUGAAUCAAGGCCUUUUAUAUACUCUACAUAAAAAUGUGCACCAAAUUUGUGUUUCCUGGAAAAACUGUUAAAAAUAAGCAGUCCAAAACAAACUGAUGAAUUAUUAAUAAAAAUUUAAAAAAUGUUAAUCCAUCUGGCUCCCUAACAAGAUGCAUUAAACUUGCUGCCUUCUUUAAAAAAACACAUCUUUUAGAGAUCCAUAUGUCUCUAAGAUAACAAUUAUUAAUAUUAAAAUAUCAUCCAAACACACACUAUUGUUGGCGUAGGAGAACCCUGUGCGGAGUAUGUAACAGGCCUCUGUUUAAAUUCUGCUUGACCCUUUUGUAAUUGCUAGUCUGUUUGCCUGAUUGAAGAAGAAAGCAGAACUGAAUUGAAAUGGAGCGGUGCAUCAGCAAGGUUUUUGUUGCCUUUACUGAAUAAUCUUUUUGUAAAGAUUGCGAAUGAUUAAUUAACCAGCUUGUAAAUUGUUUCAGGCUGGUUUCACUGAACUGAUCAGCCAUUCCUAAGAGAAUCUUUUGAUAUUUCAAAAAAUCUCAGAUCACCUAUUUGAAAUUGACGUUGAGGUCCCUAAGAUUCCAAAUUAACUCUGGGUGAUUUUGGUGAUUGUAUUUUGCAUGCCGGCAUUACAAGUUUUCUUGAGGCUAUCUGCUUUCAGGGAGUAAAGAGUGACUACAGCGUAAAUGUGUUGUCCACACAGGCCUUCCUGUUUAAUUGGGUGAGGUGGCGUAACUUAAUAUGGAUAUUACCAGUCUGAUUCUGCGCGCUUGAAGUUUUAUAGUCACGAGGGACAGUCAAGUGUGAACAUGACUUUGAUAACAACAGGGGAAAAAAUACAGUCUGAUGAAACCUUUUCAGCGAUUAAAUUGUAUUAUGUGACCUGGAUGUCUUCUUGAAGUGGUUUUCCAUAAUUUACCUUUCUUGUGUUUUCUUUCUUAGCCCAGGCUCUCUGUGUUUCUCGAGGCCUACACAAACUCAGGGGUUAAAUAUAUCCUGUCGAGAGUUUUGGUUCAAGUCGGUGUUUGCCUCUGAAACGUUAGGACAGAAUCUUUUUAGGUCAUUUUGUCAUUCACAUUUUUCUUUUUCAGUUUUGUGAAGAAUUGUGAUCGGAGCAUCCUAUGUGAAAAGAAAGCCUCAACGUGUUUCUCCCAUUUUUGGUCAUACUUAGUUUGACGUUUUUUUUGUUUUUUUUAGACUGAAGAAAAUAAGCUUUUGUUGAUUUUGUACGUAUUUAAAUUUAUAAAAGCCAGAAGAAUGACAGCAAGUUUUGUUUGGCUAAUGAUGUUGCAAUAAUCAUUAUCAGUGCUUACAUUUUGAAUUGGUUUUUGACAGUUUUUUAUUAUUGGCUUUUGUUCCAGUCUCAGCUACUGUGAAGUCUCUGCCCACAUUGGAAACUAUUGGGGAUUUAGAGGGAGAGUUGAACUAGUUUUCAAAACAAGAAAUAUACAAUUUGCUACUCAUGUAAAUACUUUAAACCUUAUUUUAGGCUGAAAAGUAAUACCAAUCAACAUUUGGUUGAGUGGUAAGAAUAUUGACUGUUAAUAUUAGAUGUAAUUAUUGUAUUUUUUCCUAAACAGUGAGGAGAUAGUAUAUAGACAAGAUGAAGUAGGACAGAUGAAGUAGGACGAUGGACAGUCAUACCGGUCUGUUUAUAAAACAAAUAACAAAACAAAGAGGCAACCCUCAAGAUUGACGGUAAUCUGAUUAUGGUCAUGCUUGAAGUGAGAUGUAUUGAACCAUUGUGGCAUGGGAUUAAAUACACUAAACACGCUGUAAAAAUCAGACAUUGCAUAUGAUUUGAAGGGCAGAUUCUAAAAAUGGGAGAAAACGGUAAUCUCAAUUGGAGUUUAGAGCAGGUACAAGUGUAUACUUUUUUCCUAAAUGAGGUGCCGUGGUGGGUUGUUGACGUGUAUAGUGUAGGGUUGUUGACUGAGUGGAUAUGAGGUGAUAGUCUUGGUGCUGCAGGUGAAAAUGAGGGUUGUUUUGGAUUUAGUAAAGUCUGCUGAGCAGCAGCCAGAAGGGUCGAUGAUCUUUCCUUUUCCCACUUCUGAUCUUACCAGAAAUACACACCUAAUUUUGACACUAGCAUUACUGGCUGUCUCUUCAUUCAUAUCACACCGAGACAGCUCCACAUGUGUAUCUAGAUGUAACUGGGUUCAUUGCAUUUUACUCAUGUAAAGCAGGCUACAUGUGCAAAUGAUACUAAUGCGCACCUGAUUUUAUAUGACUUACAGUAGUUGUUCCGUUCGUGAUUGUAAAACACUAGUUGUACCUCUCAUCUUAUUUCUUAUACGCCACCUGAGUUGGUAGUGCUGUGUUAGGUUUAAGUGACACAUAGCCUCUCUAAAUUUCCACAUUAUUCCACCUUCUCCAUGUGAACUGUUAGUUGCAUGCCUUGUUGUUGCUGCUGCUCCAGCCACCUUCUUCCUCUUGCUGAUUAUUGCAGCUAGAGUGGGAGGGAGCCAAACUGAGCCCUUGCCCUGGACGUACGCCACACGCAGCUGUAGCGUGGGAUGGGGAUAACAGCAGCGUUAGGCCUGAAACUGCUGUGGACGAUGGGGUGUCCCCCCACUAAGGUAAACACUCAGACCACACACUCCUGCCCCUCCCCGAAAACACAUGUACGCACUCACAAACACACAGAUACAUAUAUAUGCAUACUUCCCAUUCCUUACCUGUGUGCAGGGAGUUUUCUUUGUCAGGAUUUCAUUUAUUUUUUUGGAAAUGGGUCUCUCAUCCUUUUUUAUUGGGAGAUUAACUUUUUCCCUGCUUUUGAUUUUCCUGAUCAUAUCCUUGCAUUUUCCCACCAAGAAUACUCUGCUCAUACAUUCCUGCUCCCAACAAACGGACCGCUCACACACACCAGAUUUGGAGGAUCGUGUACCGUCUUUUAGUCUAAAUCUGAACCCUUUCUGAAGCAGGCAUGUUUUUAGUACAUCCCGUAUCUAACAGCCUGUCAUUAAAGAGUACCAGUCAAUCAGCCAGAACUGGGCGUGGGACAUGUAGAUGGGAUGGGUUGUUUUAGUUUUUGUAAAUACGCCCCUGGGGCCACUUCGGGAUUAAGUGCCUUGCGUAAGAGCACAUCGGUAGGCCCUUCAUUUCAGAGUUGAAUAACCUGGCUCAGGAUCGGUUGCUGGUUCAACGCUCAACUGCCCCUCUUCCCUAAAACGACGAUUUUUGAUGCCACAUUGAACUUGUAUGAAUGACAAUGAACACAAAUAUCAUUUUGUUUUAAAUUACAUUUUGUCCUAUGUUCUUUGAAAUGUUUAAUUAUCAAUAAAUGACUUUGAACUGAA